AUUCACUCUCUUUCAGUAUUGUUCAGUAUGUUUGAAAUUUUGGUUGUGAUGGGUUGUAACUUAUUAUUCUUCUGAAUACAGAUGCACGAGCUAUCACUUGCGUUUUUCCGUAGUAAUCUCUGUGGUAAAUGAAGUCGCAUGCUCAUAGCAUGUAUCUCUAUUCUAUAAAUCAUAUAAAGAUCUUCUUCAAUUAAUUGGCCUACAUAAUCGCUCUGAUAAUUAUGAAUUUGCAAACGCUUUUUCAAGACUUCAAUCCAAGUAAAUUUCUGGUACAUUCCUGUUUGAUGAUAUUUACAUCUCUAUUCGCUCUUCGAUUGGAUGGCUUCAUAGAAUGGAGUUAUUGGUCAAUAUUUAGCCCGAUAUGGUUUUGGAAAGGCAUGGUAAUUUUGGGAGCUAUAGUUGGAAGUUAUGUCUGGUGGAGACAUCCACAUGCAAGAUUGGAAGGUGAUGCCUAUGUGCAUUAUAAAGCGAUGCUAAUUACCUUGGCAUUACAUUUAAUUCUAUUAAUGUUUGAAUUGUUGGUAUGCGAUAAGUUAGAAUCAGAGAGACACUUAUGGAUACUUGUAUUCAUACCCUUGAUAUUUAUCUCAGUAGUAUCUAUUGCGGUAUGCAUAUGGGCUGUAAAACAUGAUCGAUCAUUUGAACUUGAAUUAUUCUGUGCAGUGAAUGUAUUGCAAUUUAUUUUUUUGGCUUUGAGGUUGGAUGGUUUUAUAACAUGGAGUUGGGAAGUUGUGUUUGUGCCAGUGUGGGCACUCUUAUGUUUAUCUUUAGUGGCAGUUUUGUAUGCGAUAGUAUUUGCUGCUGUUUUAUUAAGAACACCACAGAUCAAUGCUCGUCAGAGGCGGACCUCCUUGAAUUCGGCAUUAGCGUAUACAUUUCUUGUCGUUCCCAUUUUAGUGUUCCAGGUACUAUUAGCAAAUAAAUUGGAUGGAGAUAUUUCAAUAAAUUAUACAACAGUAGCAAUGCCACUUCUUGUGUCACAUAUAACUCUUAUUUUUAUGUCCUUUGGUGCAAAAGGUGGAAAUAGAUGGUGGUUUGGUAUCAGAAAAGACUUUUGUCACUUCCUACUAGGUUUAUGUCCAUUACUUCAAGAAUAUGGUAAUAUUUCAUAUCAACCAAGAGAUGAACGAGAUCAACCACCAUCUGAGCCAAUGAUUACAGAAAAGAGUGAAAAACUUAUUAAGAAAAUCGACCUAAUAAAACCUGUUGUGCCUAUAAUCUCUAUAGACAUGCCUGACUGAUUGGCUCAAAGCAGGGUUAACUCAUAUAUUUAAAUAUUAUUUUUAAUGUGAUUGACUUAUACAAGGGUCAAAUAUCUGAUAUAAAAUAGUCAGUAAUGGAGUAGAAAUAAUGUUUAGGGAAAAAUUACACAGCCUCUAACGAUUGAACUUCGACAUUGGAUCCUCAGAAAGUACAGAUCAAUUCCCAGGCAAAUGUUUCAAAAUGUCAGGAUAGAAUUUGAAAAUUUUAUUAUUGGUAAAAUAAUGAAUACUAUUUUGAACAUUUAAUUAAAUGAAAAAUUGUAGUAAAUUUCUAUUAUAAAAAUUAAUAGAUAUAUAGUUUUCCCUUGGCUGAAAGUUUUCAAAUUGACACCCUAUAUAAUAGAAUAUACGGAAUAUAUGGCCUCGAACAUUCCAGCCAGACUUCGAGAUCUUGUAGGAAAUUUAAUUCUGAACAAAAAAUUUCGUAUAAACAUGGGUCGAAAAAUGUUUUCUUCAGAAGUUAUCGCUCAAAAAUCUGUGAUAAAGGAAGAGUAAAAGGAGAAAAGAAAAUGAAACUUAAAAGGAAGAGCAAAAAGUGAAAAGAAAAUGAAAUAAAAAAAAAUUAUAUCAUGACAUAUCAUUUUUUUUUUAAAUUUAUUAAGUUUCAUUUUCUUUUCAUCCUUUGUUUUUCCUUUUAAGUUUCAUUUUCUUUUUAUUUCAUUUUUUUUUCACCUUUUGCUCUUCCUUUAUCAGAGAUUUUUGAGUGAUAAUUUCUUAAGGAAGCAUUUUUUGUUCAUAGGAAAUUUUUGUUCAGAAUUAAAUUUCCUAUAAGAUCUCAAAGUCUGGCUGGAACGUUCGGGACCACUCUGUAUAGUUAUUGUU